GCAAGCCCGGGAGAGGAGCCGAGCAGCGGCUCCGCGGCGGCGUGGCGGGCUGGCGCUCGGGGCGACAGCGAGGCGCUGGCGGGGGAAGAUGCUGCAGUCGCUGGCCGGCAGCUCGUGCGUGCGGCUGGUGGAGAGGCACCGCUCCGCUUGGUGCUUCGGCUUGCUGGUGCUCGGCUACUUGCUCUACCUGGUUUUCGGCGCUGUGGUCUUCUCGUCGGUGGAACUGCCUUACGAGGACCUGCUGCGCCAGGAGCUGCGCAAACUGAAGCGGAGCUUCGUGGAAGAGCACAAGUGCCUUUCGGAAGCACAGCUCGAGAGCUUCUUGGCGCGCGUCCUGGAGGCCAGCAACUACGGCGUGUCGGUGCUGAGCAACGCCUCCGCGAACUGGAACUGGGACUUCACCUCGGCCCUCUUCUUCGCCAGCACGGUCCUAUCUACCACGGGUUAUGGUCACACUGUGCCUUUGUCAGAUGGAGGAAAGGCUUUCUGCAUCGUUUACUCAGUCAUUGGAAUCCCCUUUACGCUUCUUUUCCUGACAGCGGUGGUGCAGCGCAUUAUAGUGUAUGUCACCCGGCGGCCUGUGCUAUACUUCCAUAUUCGCUGGGGUUUCUCAAAGCAGAUGGUUGCCAUAAUCCAUGCAGUACUUCUGGGCUUUAUUACUGUUUCGUGCUUUUUCUUUAUCCCAGCAGCAAUAUUUUCUGUCCUUGAGGAUGAUUGGAACUUCCUUGAAUCUUUUUAUUUUUGCUUCAUUUCUCUGAGCACCAUUGGCCUUGGUGACUAUGUUCCUGGAGAAGGUUACAACCAGAAAUUCAGAGAGCUAUACAAAAUAGGAAUUACUUGUUACCUGCUUCUGGGGCUCAUUGCAAUGCUGGUUGUUCUAGAGACAUUCUGUGAACUUCACGAACUCAAAAAAUUUAGGAAAAUGUUCUAUGUGAAGAAGGACAAAGAAGAGGAUCAAGUACAUAUUGUAGAACAUGACCAGUUAUCUUUCUCUUCAAUUUCAGAUCAGGCAGCAUCUAUGAAGGAAGAUCAGAAAGUAAAUGAACCUUUUGUGAGUCCUCAGUCCUCACUUAACUGUGAUGGCUCUAUAAACAAUUAACCAAGGGCUUCCAAUAUCAACUGUGCACUUACAUUCUUGCAGUUAAAACUAGUACCAUUAGUGAAACUAUAGAGGCAGGAAGGCUAUGCUAUAUUAUUAUGUAUUUAUUGUUUGGAAUAAUUUAAUAAGUUUGGGCCAAAUUAGGCUUUCUUUUGGUGGAUCUACAUUCUGAGGGCCAAACUAGAAGUGACGAAUGACACAGGUUGGACGCUUGUCAGCUUCCCACAAGUUCUGGUGGGAAAUGUAGGCAGCUUGGUGGAAUGUUGGACAAAUGACAGUUGAAAAGUCCAUUGGACAGCAGUCGGAGAGCCAAGCUACAAUACCAGGAUGCCUACAUUUCCCAUCAAAACUUGAGGGAAGCUGACAAGUGUCCAACCUGUGUCAGGCAUCACUUGUAUCUUGGCCCUGAGAACGUUGGUGGAACCAUAGUAUGCAUCUGGGAACCCCUGAAUUCAUUGUUGUAUAAAGAAACAGAAAUAGGUGAAGCUAGGUUUGAAGAACAGUUCAGUUUUCAUUUCCACGGCCUGUUGAGGUCAUUCCCCCCAUCCCAAACCCUUUGGCAAAGCUGUAGAAUUUUGAUACAAAGUUUUGAAUAGGAACUGAUGUGUUUGGAAUAACAUGUCUGAAAACAAAUUAUCUUAAUUUCCCAGUAGGGUGAGUGGGAAUGGUAUAUAACACUGCCUGGAAAACAGAUCUCUCAAUGAAGUCUUUUAAUGAACAGUCACCGCAGGGCAUGUCAUGCUUAUUCUUUCACCCCAAAAAAGUUGAAAGCUGCAGGCAAAGUGCACAGCAGCAGUUCUAGGUAGCCUCCCUCAUUGUCAUUCUUGAGAUCAGCUGAACACUAUCAAAACCUAACUCAAUAAGGAUGAAGCAGGCAUACAGUCUGAAGUGUGGAGGGAAGUGGACUGAGGAUGCAUUCAUUGUAUGCCUACCACAGUUACAGUACAAUCCUAAGGAGAGUUACUCCAGUCUAAGCUCAUUGAUUUCAGUGGGCUUAGAUUGAAGUAACUCUUCUUAAGAUUGCACUGUUAAGAUAUAUUCCAGUCUGUAGACAACACUGAGCAAGAAUUCUGUAUCCUGCUUCCCGUAGGAAAUCAAACUGGGUGCUUUACUUCUGGCCUUAAAAACCUAGCAAAAGUGUGUAUUGCAGUUUAUUUCAGUUAAUACAGGAUCAGGGACCCAUGAGCACCAGCAUACACAGCACUGUAGGUAACAUAGGGGAAAGCCAUCUGGCUUCUCAUACAGUCACAUCCUUUACCCGUAAGUUUAUGCUAUAGGAUGUGAUUCCUUAAACCAUUUAUUCCUCAGUGGUUUUAGAAUUAUAGUCAUAUUUAUCUGUUCAAAGAAGGUAAAUAGUUGCUGUAAACAAGCCGAAUACUGUUUAGAUUUUUCAUGAAAAAGACAAGCAUACUUGAAACUCUUAUUACCUAAAAGCACUGUAUACAAAUUUAGUUAGUACCUAGUGUUAUUAACAGUUUUUAUACCUUUACUGGGAAAAUGAACUUUCUUGUUAAAUCUGCUUUCAAAUCUAUGUGAGCUGAAAUUUAUAUUAAGAGGACAGAGAUACUUUGUAAGCUUGAGUUGAAGCAUACUGUAAUUGCAUGCUGUCAUCUAAGUGGCUAUUUUUGUACAGACUAAGUUGGUUCUGUUUAUAAUGAAUGUUUAACCAUGGUGUACAUAAAUAUAUAAAAUAUAUUUAUAUAUUGUACAUGUGUUAAAGAUCACCAAAGUUAAACGGAUAGUUUUGAAAAUAUGAAGAACCCCCCUCCCCUGCCCCCAUUCUCUUUACAGAGAUCAAAUAACUCAAACUGUGAUGCUGAAAACAGUGACAAAUUUUGACUGACUGGAUGUGGAAAGAUAUGUCUGUAGAGCUGCAGUUCUCAAAUUCUUAUUUCUAAUAGGUCUAGCCAGUGAUUUAAAUGCUAUGUUCUUUACUGUAUCAUGAAAAAGAAUUCUGUUUUUCACAAGUUCUGUUUCCAGGUACCAACUGUUAACAAUUAUGAUGUGCAUACUUUAGUGUACAGUUAUGUUGUGAGGAAUAUGAUAGAAGAAUGUUAGAAUGUUUCUAAAGAGUGUGGUCAGUUGCAAAGUCAGUGGACAUUAAAGCACAGAACUGAAGAGACAAGCUGAACACCACACUGUUAUAUAUUACCAAACAGCAUUUUAGAUUUUUGUUAAAUAAAGUGUGGUUCCAGUUCCCUUUUUUGUGCAUUGUAUGAUAUUCUGCUAAUCCAGAGAUACUUGAAGGCAGCAAAUGAUUAGACUCCCCACUCUUCUCCUGCCAAGUAGAUCGACGGAGCUGACAAUUAUCAGCUUGGUCAGCAGCAGAUGACCAUCCAUUUCUGUUCACAGGACGUCCCUGCAGAAUCAUGGCAUGUGUAUUCUGAUGGAGUAUUAGGAAAAAAUAAUUGAUUUCAUUAGGUGUAAGUGCAAUAACUCUGUUUGAUUAUGUCCAAAAUAUUUAUUCAAGAUACAUAUAGUUAGCAUAUUAUUUACAUGUCCACAGUUUGUCAGGAUACAAUCAGAAAGUGCUUAAUCUUCACUGUAUUCUAAUACUUGAAUAAUCACUGCCCAGGUAAAAAAAAGCCUUGAAGAAGCAUAUAGGCUGCAAUCCAAAGGAUACUUUCCAGGAAAUAAGCAUUAGGGGUGUUGUGACAAACUGCACAUUUGUUGGAAAAUAAAUAGUUUUUUUAAAAAAGCCUGGAAGUGCUGUAUACAGCUGCAGGACUAUUAAUCCCUCACAGAAUCAGAGAACUUUUGAGUGUCAGGCUACUCCAAGGGAUCUCAUUAGGUAGCCUGAGGUAGAAAGAGGAGGAGUUUUUUCAGUCCCGUGAGAGAAAUUGAAUGUGAAAAGUUGGGAGAUGGAGCCCUAACAGCGGGAGAGGAAAUUUUCCCUACCCGGUCAAACAGAGAGGUAGCUCUGGAGAGUAAAGAGAUCCCUGGUUGAGUUUGGUUGGAAAUUGCCUGUGGAAACCUUAGGAUUCAGUUAACAACUGAAGGAAGUACUGGUGUUUGGAGAGAAAGGGAUUGGGGUACUGGAAAGUGGGUACCAGCCUUCCUAACUCCACAAGAGAAAAAGAAUGCUGAGAAAGUAUACUAGAGUGUUUGGGGGGAAACAAGGGAACCAAAGCCUCAAAACAUAAGCAGUUAAGUUUCUGUGAAAAGCAUAAGAAAUUGAAGUCUGUGCAUGUAAUAUAUUCAGAAAUAUUCGACCCCUGAUUUCACCUGACCUUUCCCCUCUGAAGUAACUAAACUGCUCAGGUAUUUUUGGAAUUUUAAAAAUGCCUCUGGUGCCAUUUCUGUCGUUUAAAGUUGAGGGAAUGUCAUAGGUAUGCACUGAGAAAAUUUCCAUUUCUGGAAAUUUCCAAAUUUCGAUUCCAGAGGUUCCAGAAUCAUUCCAUUCCAUUACCGUUUGUUCUGGCUGGGGCAGUGCCAGCUUAGAACUGAUCGGUUUCAGUUUUUUUAAAAAUUAUUUUUCAUUAAAAAAAACAAGGAUACAGAAAGGGAAAAGGGAACAAGAACUGGAAAUUAUUUUUUUUUAAAAACCUGAGAUGCAUAUUACAAGGACUAACAAGAUACAACAAGCAAAUAACUCCUAAAGUAUAAUUUUCAAGCAUAAUUUACUCAAAAAUAAUUAAUUUUGAAAUAUUUCCUUUCUUGUUAAACUUUACCCCUAAAUCAAGAGAUGCUAUAUCUUACAUAUAAUAUAUAUGAGAGCAUUUAUAGCAUUAAUAAGAACAUAUAUAAGAGCAUUUAUAGUAUUGAUUAUGUUAAUUACAUUGAUCAAUUGAAUAACUAUAUAUAACUAUAGCUAUAGUUUGAGCUAUUACUUUAUAUAUAUUGAAGACUUAGAAGAAACAUUUCCAAGACUUCAUGCAAUUCACAACCAGCAGAAAUAGUCUGUAUCACUUAUUUCCCAUCUUUGUCUAUAAUAGGUAUAAUAAACUUCUCAUUUGCUGUCAAAUUAUUUAAUUGGUCUAUUUAUGUAAUUCAUUAAUGUAGCCAUUACAUGUUUAGGGUGUUUUUUUUUCAUUUUUAGACGUUUUAGUUCAUUGCGCACAUGCAAGGCAGGCAUUAGCCACUUAUGUGCAAAUGCACAUUGUUAUUUUGAAGGGGGAUGGGGCAAUGGCACAGAACACAGUCCUUCCUCUAAACCAUAAAACCCACUGAGUUUGAGAGUACACAACAACGGGGUUCCCUGAGGAAAGCUUGGGGAAGGCACACAUUAAGGUGAGUGUUGGGCAGCUGUACACACACACACACACACACACACACACACACACACACUGCUUCAAGGAGAGAGUGGGAAAACAAGACUCUAUUCGCACUUAACCAAAAACCCAUUGAUUCAAUGAGUAUCUCAUCAGGCAUAUGAAAAUUCACACAACAGUGGACCCCAAAGAAGACUACCAAAUGCAAAAAAGUUAUCUCAAAAUUGACAAAUCUUUUUUACAAGAAACUCAUAUAAUGGCAAAUGAUAAAAAGUUGUGUAGAGACUGGGUUGGAAAGGUAUAUGUUACAGAUGACUACUCAAUCUAAGGGUGUGGCUAUAUUAAUACAUAAAUGUAUAUUGAUGUGUAUUCAUGCAUGUUUCAGGUUCAAGGAGUAUAACAGAUCCAAAGGAUUGCUUUAUUAUUUUGAUAGUGAAAAGCUUUGAUUCUGUUAUGGUUAUGACUAAUGUAUACAGUCCAAAUGUGAAUUCUCCAGGUAUAUUUCAUCAUUGUUUCAGUAAUUUGGUAGAUGUUCGAUAUGAUUGUUAGUGAGGAGAGAUUUUAAUGAAAUACUAAAUACAGCUUUAGAUCAAAGUACACCCCCACAUAAGGAACGUGAGAUCUACACUAAAAGCCUAUAUGGUUGAACUAGGUUUGGUUGAUCUUUGGCGUAUAUUACACCCAAGG